AAAAACAACAACAACAAAAAAAAACACCUUUGAAGCGCCGCGCGGGGUGUUUCCCUGGUUUCCGGUGACGUCGUGACGCUCAUCCGACGUCAUAUGAGGAAGUAAACAAAAGGCGGCGACUCACUCCGGUCCUGCGUUAAAAUGUCGACUGCCAGCCCGAGACAGGUGUUCUCCAAGCCGUCGGUGCCCUUCUCGGGGACGGUGCUCGGCGGCGUGCAGGUGGGGGAAAUGCUUCUUGUUCAAGGUUCGGUUCCAUCUGAUGCCGACAGGUUCCAGGUGGACCUGACGUGCGGCGGCAGCGUCCGUCCCCGUGCCGACGUGGCGUUCCACUUCAACCCCCGCCUCAACAAGUCGCUCAUCGUCUGCAACUCGCUGCAGCGGGAGCGCUGGGGCCCCGAGGAGAUCCUGCACCGCAUGCCCUUCAGGGCCGGCGCCGCCUUCGAGGUCCUCAUCCUGGUCCUGCAGGACCGCUUCAAGGUGGCGGUGAACGGGGCUCACACGCUGGAGUUCCGGCAGCGGCUGGAGCUGAAGCGAGUCGACACCGUCUGCAUCUCAGGGAGGGUGGAGGUGGAGGCGGUGGGGGUGCUGCCCCCCAGCUGCACCGUGACGUCUCCAGUCCUCAGUCCAGCCAGUCUGGACACAGAAACGAUGACCAUCACAUCCUCUUCAGGAGACCUGAGGGUCCCCUUCACUGGACGUCUGCAGCCGGGACUCAGAGUGGGACAAAGCAUCGCUGUCAAGGCCCACAUCAAGCCCGACGCACACAGCUUCUGUGUCAACCUGCUCCCUCUGGAAGGUUCCGACAUCGUUCUGCACCUGAACCCCCGUCUGGAGCGGCGCCGCUUCGUCCGGAACUCCUUCCUGUCGGAGAGCUGGGGCCCGGAGGAGACCGGUCUGGACCGGUUCCCCUUCAGCGGGGGGCAGUACUUCGAGAUGAUUGUGCGCUGUGACACACACGUCUUCAGAGUGGCGGUGAACGGCGUCCACCUGCUGGACUACCGGCACCGGGUCCAGGAUUUGAGCCGGAUCAGCCGGGUCCAGGUUCUGGGAGACGUCACUCUGGUCCAGCUGCAGCUGCUGUGAACAGCCCGUCUCCAUGGCAACACCCACAGUCCAGGUCCGCAUCCCAGUCCACAUCCCAGGUCCAAGUCCGCAUCCCAGGUCCAAGACCACAUCCCAGUCCGCAUCCCAGUCCGCAUCCCAGGUCCAAGACCACAUCCCAGUCCGCAUCCCAGUCUGAGUCCGGGUCUCUGCUAAGUUUGAAUUCUGACCAUUAAAAAUAAACUUGA